AUGUUUGCAGCAUUGAAUGAAAUUCAACAGCAGCACCAGUUAGUACCACCUCCAUCACCAUCAAUUCUCAAUGAUUUUUCAGGUUUCAACUUUGAUCUUGAGGGUACUGUCCAAAAUUUUAACGGUGAUGGUAAUGAGGAUGACAAUGAAAAAUUCAGCACUGGUGUCGAGGACGAUCUAGGCACCUGUUUUGUGGAAACUUCUGAGAAUGAAUUUCAUUCUCGCAAACGUAAAAGGGAAUCAUUAUCAGGAAUGAUAAACUGGACAAAGAAUAUCGCAAUACAUCCGUUUGAUCCUGAGGAGUAUAAAGGUGGCCAGGACUUUUUAGAUCAGAUGUUGUGGGCAAGAGAUGUUCUGUCGGUCAGAAAGCAUGCAGAACCAGACAGUGGGUCAUCAUCGAAGAAGGUGAAGAAGAUGCAUCCUGCCAUGUAUGAGGAUCCGGUAGUGAAAUUGAGAUGUAGUGAAAGGCAGCCUGUCCCUUCAAAACCCCGCUGUUCUUGCUGCAUUUCACUUUAUGUUGCUGGAAAUAAACUCCAUGGCUUCAUAACCGAAAAGAAAAAAUCAACUGCCAAAGCAGUUGUGAAUAAAAAGAAAAAAUCUAAGCCAUCUGUAGGUCAUCGUUUCCAAGUGGAACUCCCGCAAUGUACUAGUGUAGUUUAUGAGAGUGACUCUAAAUGCUUAGGCACACAAGUAUGGCCUGUUAAUUAGGAUUCAAAACCUACUACAGAAACAUAUCUUGUUGGGAGAGAAAGGCGAGGAAUGUGUAGCUGCAAAGUUCAAGGUUCUGCUGACUGUGUAAGAUUUCAUAUUGGUGCAAACAGGACGGAACUGAAGCUUGAAUUGAGUUCUGCAUUUUACCAUUGGGGAUUUGACAAAAUGGGCGAGGAAGUUAAGUUUGGAUCAUUUGGUGAUGGUUUCGGGAGGAAAGCUAUCAAGCAUCCAUCUAUGGAUUUCAUGGAGUGUUCAGAGAACACGCAAUGCUUUGAUUUUGAGUAGACAAAACAGUGUGGUAAGCCAUUUUGAGGAAAAACUCGUAGAAGCUGCUAUUUAUUUUGUU